AUGCUGUUUGACCUUCUACCCGCCCUGAGGGCUGCUAAUCGAGCGCGCUGUGUCGGCCAAGGUGAUGGAUCACUCUCGUAUAAUGAGCAAUAUUUCGCCAAUGCAAAUGGACAGCUCAACGAUGCAGAUGAGAUACUGAAAAAGGUUGACGAGGCUGCCAAGGAGAAGGAGGGGCCUGCCUACACUCUGAGGCUCCAACAGGAAAGAGAGUGCCUGGAACGCGUCCACCUGGACUGCAAGAGCGGAAGGGAUAUUGAUGGAGAAGUCUUAAAGGAGAUACAAUGGGAACAGAUCGAGCUUGACGUGAACCUCUCUUUGUUCCUUGCCAGGAGCAACGACGCCGCACUUCGCCUCAAGAGACCGAAAUUCAAGAACAAAGUCCGAAGGGAAGAUCAUCAGGACAGAGAGCGCGCUGAGAUUCUCAUCUCCAUCCUGCGCGACACAGACAGAGGUUUGAAGGACCUCUUGCACGGAAAUGGUCAGAUAGUGAAAGGCUCUGAGUCACCACCCAGGCAUAUCUUGCGUUAUUUAUUGAUACCUCGAGGUGUCCGGGCUAGUAAUCUCAGAUCGCUUGCGUCCUCACCUGCAGAGGAUGAUGAGGAUUCAACUGGUGCGGGAGAAAAAGGAGACAUUGGGAUAGCGAAGGCCAUCGUCGAGUCUUCAGACCUCUUCCAUCUGGCGUUCCGCAUCAUAUAUUGGUAG